AUGGCUGAUAUUAUCAUUCCAGUUGGCCAAAAGCUUUUAUCAAAUGUUUCUAUUGUCAAACUGAAGAAGAAUGGCAAGCAAUUCGAAAUUGCUGUCACUCCAAACAAAGUCACAAGUUGGAGAAAUGGUCUGGAAAAAGAUAUUGAUGAAGUUGUACAAUCACAUUCAAUUUUCUCAAAUGUAGAUCGUGGAAUGCUCGCUAAACAGUCAGAAGUAUUAGAAACACUCGAAGUUGAUGAUAUGGAAAAAGCAUUACGUUUAAUUCUUGAUCAAGGAAAACUAAAACUCGCAGAAAAAGAAAGGAAACUUGUUAUUGAGAAUCUUACUAAGGAUAUUGCAUCAAUUGUUGCAUCACAAUGUGUAAAUGUAAAUACAGAACGUCCUCUAACACCAUCGACUGUUGAAAGAGCAAUGAAAGAGAUAGGAUUCUCAGUUAAACCUACAAAACCAGCCAAAACUCAAGCACUUAAAGUUAUUCGUGAUUUAAAGGCUGCACACUAUCCAACUGCACGUGCUAAGAUCAGACUAGUUUUCUACAUUACUCCUGAACAUGCAGAGAAGAUGAUAUCCAUGCUUCCUUUAGUAGAAAAAGUUGAUAAAUCAGAUCUGAACCAAACCGCUGUUAUUGCUCAAGUUGAACCAGGCUCAUUAAGACAAGUGGUCAAAGAGCUUGCAGAACAGUUUGGAGCUGAUAUUAAAAUAGAUAUUCUCGAACUUUACGUUUCUCCAACAAUGGAGGCUUCAGAGAAGAAGCAGGAUGAAACUGGAGAUAAGAAACAAGAAAAUGAUUCCGAUGAAGAAGAAAAUAAUGAAUAA